AUGAUCCUGUUUUUUUGUAUCAUUUUUGACCCGCGGCGUUGCCGAGGUAAUUUUUGGACGGACCCUAGCCAGGAAGGCGAAUAAGACAGUUGCCCUCCGCCAACUGCCAAUUAAACCAGUAAGACAGGAUAUCCAAAAUGGCACAAGGAGAAAUGAAGAAAAACAGCACUUUUGCUGCCAAGAAACAGCGUCAGACCAAAAAGGCCAAGAAUCCGAAAAAAGGAGCGAGAUUUUGCGCUCCCAAACGUCCUGCCGCUGUUAAAGAUCACUUGGUGAACAAGGCCUUUACAAAAGCAUUGAACGUGAAGAACGAGAAGAUGUUCGCUGGUGUGGCCAAACAACAAUCCGACAAAUUGACAAUUAUGAAGGCUCUUAGUGAAGCCGGUGCCAAGGAACUCGACAAGAAGAAACGUUGAAAAAAUUGCUUAGAGAUUUUUAUGUCUUGAGACUUCGUUUGUGGUUGUUAUUGUUGUUUUUUUCUCCUUGGUCUGUUUUGGCUGGUUUUAAACCAAUUUGGGUUCUCUUUUAUUUUUCGAUGGCAUAUAUUUUGAUUCGGUAAUGGAUGGCUUGUUUUAUUUUAUGGUCGAUGACUGGUGCGAGUAAACAACAAAACGGC